AAAAGAAAUCAGAAAGCUUGAGAAAGAACCACACCAACGACAAAUGAAAGAUUCACACGACAGCAACGCUUGCAGCAAUGGCUACCCUUUAUAACCAAAAUUAAAGGAGGCCGUAAAACAGAAGAUCAAUGAUGUAAUGAACGACGGGGGUGAAAAGGGACUAUAUAUAAAGAAGUACUUGAGAGACUAAUCCGCACACAGCAAUACAAAGUGAAGAAGCAGAAGCAUAUUCAGAGAUUUUUUAAAAGUUAUGAGCCUCUCAAAAUGGGAUCUCGAGUCGUCGAUUAUGUGUGAGACGAUACUGUGCAUAGCAAUGGAGAUUCAAUAGCAAAAAAUUAGAGAGAAAUGGAAGCAGCAUGGGACAAUAUUCUGAUGCUGAUACUGAUACUGGCUCUGAUAUGGGUAUGGAAGAAGUUCAACUCAUUAUGGCUCACGCCAAAGAGGCUUGAAAAGAUCUUAAGAGAACAAGGCCUUCGAGGCAGUCCAUACAGGUUUAAGGUUGGGGACACGAAGGAGACAUUAAAGAUGCAAAUGCAAGCCAUGUCCAAACCCAUGAAUCUCUUCUCUAAUGACAUAGGACCGCGUGUGUCUCCCUAUGAUCAUUACAUUGUCAACAAACAUGGCAAAAAUUCUUUUAUUUGGAAUGGACAGACACCAAGGGUGACCCUCACAGAUCCCGAGCUAAUCAAAGAUGUAUUCAACAAGAUUUAUGACUUUGGAAAGCCUAAUAUGGGCCCAAAUAUCAGAUCACUUAUUCCUGGUCUUGCAAUGCAUGAGGGAGAAAAGUGGAGCAAGCAUAGAAAGAUAAUCAACCCCGCAUUUAAUUUAGAAAAGUUGAAGAAUAUGUUACCACUAUUCAUCCAAUGUUGCGAUGAUCUGAUUAGCAAAUGGGAGGAAAUGCUGUCUUCAGAUGGAUCAAGUGAAAUUGACGUAUGGCCUUUUGUUAAGAAUUUGACUGGUGAUGUUAUUUCCCGAACAGCAUUUGGAAGUAGUUAUUUAGAAGGGAGAAGAAUAUUUCAACUUCUAAAAGAGAAAACUGAACUUAUACUGAAAAUGAGAGGACAGAGGACUGAUUAUACUUGUAGGUUGGUACCUAAAAGGAUGAAGGAAAUUGAUAGAGAUAUAAAAGCUUCACUUAUGGAUAUUAUUAACAAGAGAGACAAAGCGCUAAAGGCGGGUGAAGCCACUAAAAAUAACUUAUUAGAUAUACUUCUGGAGUCAAAUCACAAGGAAAUUGAAGAACAGGGGAACAAUAAGAAUGUUGGAAUGAAUCUUGAGGAAGUUAUUGAAGAAUGCAAGCUUUUCUACUUUGCAGGGCAGGACACCACUUCAGUUUUGCUUGUUUGGACAAUGAUAUUAUUGAGUAGGUACCCUGAUUGGCAAGCACGCGCAAGGGAGGAAGUCUCACAAGUUUUUGGCAACCAAAAACCGACUUUUGAUGGACUGAAUCAAUUAAAGAUUGUUACUAUGAUUUUGUAUGAGGUUCUUAGAUUAUACCCUCCAGGAGUUGGUGUUCCUCGAAAAGUUAUCAAAGAUGUGAAACUUGGAAACCUAUCAUUUCCUGCUGGAGUGGAGAUUUUCAUAUCAACAAUUUUGGUUCACCAUGAUAGUGAGCUCUGGGGUGAUGAUGCUAAGGAGUUCAAACCUGAGAGAUUUUCUGAAGGAGUUCUGAAGGCCACGAAUGGUAGAUUUUCAUUUUUCCCCUUUGGAGGAGGUCCUAGAAUAUGCAUCGCACAAAAUUUUGCUUUGUUGGAAGCAAAGAUUGCUUUGUCGAUGAUUUUACAAUGUUUCUCGUUUGAACUUUCUCCAACCUAUACUCAUGCUCCAACUAUGGUGAUGACUAUUCAACCCCAAUAUGGCGCUCCAGUCAUUCUACAUAAGGUGGAGAAAUAUGAAUAAUAAUAGUUAUCUCUUAUUAUAUCAUUUGUGUUAUACUCUACUUGUUUGUGUCAUCAACUAUUUUGAAGUAUAAGAGAUUAAAACUGUCCUUUAUCCAAAAACAUUAGAAUUGUUUUGUUAGACUCCAUUAUAACAGCAUAGCUGUUAUAUCAUUAAUCAACGCUAUUAUUUGACA